GGAUGGCGCUGUGGACACCGUGUGUGUGUGUGCCUGUGUGUGAGUGACACUAGUGUCCUCCGCUACAUAAACAAACCCCUGCUCGCAUGGCUCUGCGGACCUUUAACAACUAACGCCACCACCCUCGGAGUUGUUAUAACAGAUAGUUUGGAUGCCGACAAGAGCAUGGCCCCUGAGAGAGGUCUGCGCUGAUGAAAAAGUUAAAUAAGACAGCUGAGUCCGCUGAGAGUGACCAGAUUUCAUAAGUGCAUGCUGCAUGUCUGACAACCUCCCACCUCUCCUCCUCUCAGUUCUGAGGCAUGGCCCUCGUCUUUAGACGUGAAUACUUCCUUGCAUGUUUUUGCUGUGAAUGAGGCAUCAUGAGGCAAGACAGGGAUAACCCUCUGGCACUGUCAUCCAAGACACCACGACAGGUCCGGACGGACUACAGGCGAGAGCUGGAGAGGCUGAGGGCCGACCUGGAAGCGGCGAAAGCUCGAUCGCAGCGGUCCCAUGGGCAGCUCGGUGUGGAGCUCAGGCGCCUGCGAGAAGAAGCUGAGAAGGAGCAGCAGAGGACUGUGAGGGAGCUGAAGGCGAGGGGAAGGUGCCAAAGGGACAGAAAGUUUAACAGCUGUGCUCAUAUCCUGGCUAAGGAGGUUAGCAUUAAACACAGCGGACAACACGGUAAGGAUGUGUCCGUAGGGAGAAAUGCAUUUUGUGAUAGCAGUGAGCAAACUUACUCAAAGCUGGAACAGUUGCUGCUGACACUGUAUGAGAAGAUUAAUGGUGAGCAGGCAGCCUAUAAAUUGCAUCACAGGCAGGACUUUGAGCUAGAAAAAGCCGUCUUACUCUGCCACCUGCUAGAGACCCAUGGAAGGCUGUUGCAGGGGAAGCAGAGAGCGGGACCACCCAGCUACAUUUUUGAGAGUGUCACAAGGAAGCCAGUCCAGGAAGACAACAGGAACUCCUGUUGGACGAGGCCUCGCCUAACCAGCGCCAGCGCUUCGCUACAGAGAUCCCGGAGAGCCUCCCACUCGCCUAAAAGGAAACCCCAACAAGAUCGGUGGAAGCAGCCUUCAGGCAGGGACUUGUGUGCGGUUGACCCCUGCGCCAGUGCUGCAGUCGUGGACACCUGUCAGGGCAGCUCUCUGAAAAUUUGUCACCCUCAAAACACUCCCCAUGCCGGCUGGGACCGCCGGCCCUCCUCCACUGCUGAGUCCUCUGGGUCAGACGAGUCAUCGCCCUCCAAAUGCAUGGAGAGAAAAAUGAAGAGAGUGAUGUAUGACCUGUGCACUCGGCCCGAGCAGCCCGAGCCUGCACCGGCACACGCAGACAUGGAGAGCCGCGAGGAGGCUGAGGCUCUUGGGCGACAACAGCAAGAGUUGAGAAGCUCGGGGGAGCAGGAUAAUAAACAGCACGGGCUCUUGGACAAGGCAGGCUCAACCAAUAUCACCUCCACGUCGCUGUUAGGAAAAAGACACCAUUCGCUUUAUGCAAACCUCGGUGGGUUUGAAGUGGAAGGAAUACGAAAGAAUGGCACUGACUACGGGUUCCUGGUGCGUCAGAACUCCGAACUCUUGCGAGCCCUCGAUGAGCUGGAAAAGACUUGUACCACACUGAGGGAGGAGAAUGGCCUGCUGCGGAAGAGCAGCGCCCCAGAGACUGAGGAGAAGGUCAGGAGACUGAGGAGGAAGAACACAGAGCUGGCUGUUCUUGCUAAGAGGCUGGAGGACAGGGCUCGGAAACUGCAGGAGGCCAACCUCAAAGUGGUGAAUUCCCCAUCUUUGAUGAGACCUGGGUCAGUGGAACAGUACAAGAGGGCGUUUGCACGUCAGCGAGCUCGUGAUCUAGCCCAGCACGCCGAUGCACUGCUGUCUAAGGACAAGGAGAUUGCUGCCUUGCAGCAGGAGUGCAGAGAGCUGGAGGCACGGCUGGGCACCUCUAAGUGCUCCCUUGUUCCAUCUGGCAGAGCAGAAUUUGAGAAGCUUCUCCGGGAGUCUCAGAAGGAGGUGCUCCGGCUCCAGAGGCAGCUGUCGGUCACAUCAUCCAGGCAGCAGCACAACCACAGCCCUGACCGGGGUGGCUCAGAGAAGUGGGGGGAUACUGAGAAGGAGGUGGGGGAAGAAAAGGUUGUAGGAGAGACCCCGUGUGUGGCAUUAGAUGAAGCUCCUUCCAGGUGUAAGAAGACUCCCGGAGAGGAGGAGGAGUCGGGGCUGCCAGUGACGCCCCCACCGGGCCUCAGCCCGACCCCCUCCCAUCAGGAGGAAAACACAGAGGAGCACCACCUACAGUUUCUGGAAAGUGAGCUGAGCAAGAAGAGAAAAGAAUGUGAAAAUCUUGAGCAUGAAGUAAAGAAGCGACAGAAGAGAUGUCUGGAUUUGGAGAGCCAGCUUGAGGAUGAGCGAGGCAAAAAUGAGCAACUAAAGGAGGAGGCAGAUCUCCUCAGGAGGAAGGCACAGCUGCUCGACCAGACUCGGGCUGAGAAUGAGGAGCUGAGGGAAGAUCUCUCUGAAGUGACCGCUCAACACAAUUCAGUUCUCGAGGAGAACCAGAGACUCCGUGCCAAACUGGAGAACCUAGAGCAGGUCCUAAAGCAUAUGCGAGAGGUCGCCGAGCGAAGGCAGCAGCUGGAAUUGGAACAUGAGCAGGCACUGGCAAUCCUUAAGUUCAAGCAGGAUGAAAUCAAACGGUUACAGCGGGCUCAGUUAUUCGCCAAGAGGGAGCAUGAAGGAGUGGUUCAGAUGCUGGAGGAGUUGACUCAGCUUGUGUUGCGGAGGGAGCUGUCAAAGGUACGAGAGCUGGAGGAGAAAUGUCGCAGCCAGAGCGAACAGUUUGGCUUGCUGUCCCAGGAGCUGGAGAAGUUUCGACUGCAGGCCUCAAAGGUCGACCUGGCCGGCUCUAGCCUCCUCAACAACCCCAGCCUCUCUGUUCUGACCAACGGAGUGGGCCUGACUGCAGAACGAGACUGCACACUUGACCCAUGGGAUAUGGUGUCUCUGGGCGAAAUAGCCUUCUGGAGUCUCGAGGGAGGUGACACUCUCUCCUGCCCGGAGGGUAAUGAUCCGCUCGAUGUCGCAGCCGCGCUGCGCAUGGGGGCCACCCCGCACGCCGCGGGUCUCUCCAGGGUGGAGCGCUCGCCCGUCACCAAGCACCGAGAGCUGCCCACCAUCAGUGUCAGCAAGUCGGCGUCUUCCUCCAGCAAGUCGGAGACCACGCACCUCACCCCCAAGUCUGACACUCACCUCAGUCCGCACAAGUCCAGCCCGACACAUGAGGUGGACACUGCCAGUGAAGUAGAGGAGUUGGACAUUGAUGUAGCCCCGGCACCUUACACAGCCAGCAGAGGAGCGGCAAAGCUUCAGGUUUUUAUUGCCAGAUACAGCUAUAAUCCUUAUGAUGGCCCCAAUGACAACCCUGAAGUUGAACUGCCCCUCACCGCUGGAGAGUACAUCUAUGUGUAUGGGGACAUGGAUGAUGAUGGCUUCUAUGAAGGUGAGCUGAUGGAUGGACGGAGAGGGCUGGUCCCCUCUAACUUUGUGGAACGUGUGUCGGACGAUGACGUAAUGAGCGCUCACCAUCCAGAGACAGGGGACACGUCCCAUAACUCCCUGCUAGACAGCAGUCUGCACAGUGCCAGCCACCAGAUUCACCUCCACACGGGCGUCAGCGCCUCAGAAAGGACAGAAGCCUCCGCUGCCUCUGGCCCUGCCUCAGCCCCCUCAGAUUCAGCAUCGGCCUUGGCUGUCCCAGCCCCCCUCACCAACGGCCUGGACUUGGACCUGGAGGAGGUGGGAGUGGACGUUGUGCCUUACCCACGUAAACUCACCCUCAUCAAGCAGCUUGCCAAGAGUAUCAUCAUCGGCUGGGACCCUCCGUUGGUGCCGGCGGGGUGGGGCAAUGUGUGGAGCUAUAACGUGUACGUGGACCAGGAGCUCCGGCUCAAUGUGCCCUUCGGAGCCCAGACCAAAGCGGUGCUGGAGCGGCUCGACAUAAACCUCAAGGCCUACCGUGUGUCAGUGCAAAGCCUGACCGAGAAGGGUCUCUCAGAGCAGCUCCGCUGCAGCAUGCUGGUCGGCCGGGAUGUUAGCGUUGCGCCCACACAGCUGCGCGUGGACAGGAUCACCGCCACCUCUGCCAACCUCAGCUGGCUGCCCAGUAACAGUAACUAUGUGCACAUUGUGUCCUUGAACGAGGAGGAGUGUGAGCUGGUGAAGGCUGGCUGCUACUCGCUGUGCCUCAAUAACCUUUUGCCCAGCCUGCAGUACUCAGUCAAAGUGGAGGCACGGCCGCACCGCACGCCAUGGGAGUUACCUGUGGAGCGACGUGAACACAGAAGCGCUACAAUCACCUUCACCACUCUGAUGGCAGUUCCAUGCCCACAGUUUGGGAAUUCAGGCCCCCCUGAUGCUCCUCUGGAUGUGCAGCUGGAGCAUGGGCCUUCUCCAGGAAUUGCUCUGAUCAGCUGGCUGCCGGUCACUAUAGAUGCUGCUGGGACCUCCAACGGAGUUCGUGUCACUGGAUACACUAUAUAUGCUGACAAGAAAAAGGUGCUGGAGGUGUCCUCCCCAACAGCUGGGAGCGCCCUGCUGGGUCCCUCACAGAUCCAGUCCCUGCAGGCUGCUCAGGAGCUCACUGUCCGCACCAUGUCCGCCCACGGGGAGUCCUGUGACUCUUUUCCAGUAAAUGUGCCCUCCAAGCUGCCUGCCAUCAUGACAGGUCCAGCAAUCACCACCCCAGUUGUGCCGCCACCCUUGCCCUGCACACCAGUAGUUCCCAGUAACAUGCCCCCAUCGCCAUCCUACGGAAACUCUGCUGCCAAAGUCUCCAUGCUGCCCAGCACUUUGCCAUCAGAUACGCAUAUCACUGGCCUCACAGUGGACAUUGCUGCCAACCCGCCUCAUGGUCUCCACUCAGAAGAUCUGUUCUCAUCUGCCUCAUAUGUGAAAGCCUGGGCCAACCCUUCAUCUGCUGCUUCCAUGGCUGUGUGUGAGGCCACAUUACAAGUAGCCUCCACCAUUACUCCAGUGGUUAAUGUGAUCACCCCCACCGCCUCGACACCUCAGCCAUCUCCAGGGGCAGCACCAGCAUUUGAGCAAGCACCCAUUACGGCAGCAGCAUCAGUGCUGGAGCAGCGCAGAGAUACCGACAGCCCUGGAACAAUACGUCCUUUCCCAUCUAUCACCGAGUUCAUUGAGGACCCCAGUGCCAAGCUCGGGACCCCUGAGCGCAUCCCUACCCCACCCAAAGCCCCAAUCACAGACCUUCUUAAUCCUCAGGACACCAACCUCAUCCGACCCCCCAGCACGUCACCGCUGGAGUCCGAGGUAGAGGAGGAGCAAGAGAAUACCCGUCUGGUGUCCAUUGAGGAGUUCUUGAGACAGGACCCGGAGCCAGUGUACUGCAGGACACAGCAGAGUUAUAGCAGAGGGCUUGUAGAGCCUCCCUCUGACUACCUUGCAGACAACAGCCGCUCAGACCUGUCUGACAUUCUGGAGGAGGAGGAGGAGGAUCUUUACUCUGAUCACCUUGGAGAAACACAGGCCAGGGGAUACACAGUUGGAGCCAACAGGUCAGGCAAGCUGGAGCCGCCAGACAGUGAUGAGGAGGUCCUUGAAAGGAUCCUGAAGCUGCCUCCUCAGGUCCAACACAACAAGCAGCUGUUCAGCAUUCCAGAGUUGACCGAAGAAGAAGACAGCGGUCAAGAGGAGCCUUUAUCCCGCCACAGCCACGCUCGACCGAGGACGAGCCACCCCCACCACCGAGACGCAGAACGCCUCCAUCACGGCCCCCAGCAUCACCAACAUCACUCAAAUCCACACCCGCAAAUCCCCCCUCACCAUCACCACUUUAACAGGGAUCCCAGACCACUAACCAAAGAGCCUUUACUCAGACACGGACCCUCGCAGGUCAAGCCUAAAACACAGCACAGGGUACACUAUGCCGACACGGUGGACACCAUCAGUUAUCCUGAAGAAGACAUGAGUUUGUAUGAGGGUCCCACCUGCAGGCGGGUCUCCGCCCACUGUCCUCCCCAGCUGACCCCCAAUAGCAAAGAGAGAGUGCUGCUUAAGGGGCUAGGGGACCGCCUUAGGAGGGAGGCCAUGCUUAGGAGUCAGAUGGCUGUCACCGCGGCAGCCAACCCUGGCCAUGGCCUUACCCCGCCAAGACCCUACCCGGUGAGCAAAACCGUACGGACUCUGAGGUCACCUGUUGGUCCAGGGGUGGAGAUCGAUGUGGAAUACGGUACAGAUGACAAUGAGGAACCCGUGGAGUACAGUCCAGGGGAGGUGGUGGUGGAGCAGAUGAGCUCCGAGUGGUGGGUAGAAGGUGCUCAAGUGGAGCACUGCCGACCUCCUCACCGCCGAGGGCCCAAAGCUGAUCCGCUGGAGCCCGGCCAUGUCCCUCCAGUUGAGGCGGGUCCAUCAUGGGGCGGCCCAGCAGAACUUUCUUGUAAACCAGCUGCAAGGCAACUCAAAGGUGGUGUCGAAUCAGCAAAGAUUAAAGGAGAUGGAGACGUGCGCAUCUUUGUGGCCCUGUUUCCGUAUGAUCCCGCCACCAUGUCGCCCAAUCCUGAUGCUGCUGAGGAGGAGCUGCCCUUCAGUGAAGGACAGAUCAUUAAAGUUUACGGAGAUAAAGACGCAGACGGGUUCUAUCGAGGGGAGUCUGGUGGUCGUCUGGGCUACGUGCCAUGUAACAUGGUGUCUGAGAUCCAGGUGGAGGACGAGGAGACCCGACAGCAGCUACUGCAGCAGGGCUUUCUGUCCACAGCGGCCUCCAUGGAUAAGAUAGGCACUCGCACACACGCACAGCUUCCACGUCGCCCUGUUCCACCGCCGAAACCGAGACGAUCCAAGAAAGUGGAGUCUGCAGCACUCUGGGAGGAGAGUGUAGACUCCUCCAGUCAAGAUCCCAGCCAGACUGCUGCCGCUGCAGCUGCAGCUGUGGCGAACCCUGCCCCGGGAGCUCGCAGGAUGGUCGCCAUCUUUGAUUAUGACCCGCGAGAGAGCUCACCAAACACUGACAUAGAGGCUGAGCUGACCUUCAGCGCAGGAGAUAUUAUACAUGUGUUUGGUGACAUGGAUGAAGAUGGUUUCUUCUACGGAGACUUGAAUGGACACAAAGGCUUAGUGCCGUCCAACUUCCUACAGGCGCUACCAGAUGAUCCUCCUGCAGAACGUGUCUGUGUCCAGCCUGCACCAGAACCCAAGAAAGAACCUCAGGACACUUGGACGUCUUCUACAGAUCCACAAGGUCCUGGGACCUCCACGAGAGAAGAGGUUUUACGCCCCCAGACUGAUCCUCUUUCACCCGACACAACCGACCGCUCAGACCCACGACCCCAACAGGCACCCGCUACCGGCCCCACGUCACACCUGAACACUGCUCCGAGUUCAUCUGCGGCGGAGGGCUGCUGCUCCCCUCCAGGUCCCCCUCCUACAGACAGCCCGGCACGCACAGACUGCCCCGUGCAAGGAAAGAAGAAGAAAACAGGCUUUUUCUCCAAAGGCAAGAAACUGUUCAAAAAGCUGGGAUCCAGCAAGAAAGAUUGAGUUAGGACCUCUGACUCUUGCGGAUACUUGCGUCACAUUGAAAGCACUUUUUCUGUCUGUACUGUUAGUUUGAGCGGUGCGUCGGUGCAUUUAGCAGCUAUCACAUCUGACGACUGAUGCUUUGACCAUCAGUAACUAUACAUAUGCCUUAGAGCACUGCUAGACCAGCUGCUAAAUAUAGAGUACUUUAAAGCAUCAACGUUCGACUUAUAGCAUCACCGCAGCAUGUCCAAGUGCAUGCUGAUGUGAGCAGACUGACACAUAUAUUCUCUAAAUACUUCCUAAGUGUUUGCAAAUUUUCAACUCCUCACAGGCUUUAAUGGUAAAAAAAUACUUCUCCCAGUGCAUCCAAUGCAGAAUAUUGAACAGCAGAGCAGACUUCAUCAUUACUCAGAGACGGCUAAUGAAAUAUUAGCUUUAACACUCACGUACUGGUGCCACUUUAUUUGGUCUAUCUCUUCCUCUGUGUGACUAUAAAGAAUGCACUAACAUCCUGAAUGGAUGUACUUUAGACAUGUCUGCUUCCCUCUUAUGCGUUUCUUGUCUUUAAGCAUAUUUAUACAGUACUUUGUACAGAAUGUGUUAUUUAUUUGUAGCAGACUCUUGCCCAUUAUCACGUUGCAUGAAGUGGCAUAAGAGCUGAGGUUAGUUAUUUAGAGCUGUGAGACAGCGGGGACAUGUUUAGUUUAGAGCUCAUUCAUGGCGAGGUUAGAGGUUAAGAACAAAGUGUAAGAAUUUGAAGGGUUGUCUGUCCUUUGAGUGUGUGUCUGUGUGUGUGUGGGUGUGUGUGUGUAGCUGAAGUCCACAGUCCACUGGUGACUAAAAACAGAUGCCUUUUUCAGACAUUAACAUGUGAUCUCUUGAUGGUGACAACAGUCACGACCGGCCUAAACGUUACAUACUUCAUGUUUUCUGUCUGUGUAUGAGGGAGAAUCCUCCAGUGUGUACAGAGAUUAGUAGUAUCUGUGGAUCAGCUCCGUAAGCUAAAAGGGCUGCAGCUAAUGGUUGCAUUGUCGAUUAAACGUUCAGUCAUUUUUUUUUUUUUUUUUUUUUUUUGGAAUAAUCAUUUAAUAAUUUAUUAAAAUUUAAAAACUAAACAAUAUUCACACCUGAGAAUCUAAAUUUCGUAAAACUUGGCUUUUGUACUUAAUUGACUGGCAAGUGGAUGUUAAAAACAGUAGAGUGAUUCAUAUUCUCAUUUUUAACAAAACUGUGGGGUUUAAGAUUUGUAUAUGAUUCAUAUAUAGUUUCUAUAUGAAUGGACAGAGGAAAGUGACAGUGUUCCUGGAUUAUACAGUAGGAGUAAUGUGAAUAUUCUGUCCCUUGUUAUUGAGAAACAAACUUUAUCCCCAUUUUUCGCCUCAUUUUAACAGUGAUGCCACAAAAGAUUCCUUGAUUAGAUAUUGGCACUACCUUUCAGAAGUAUACCAUGGGGGUACAGACAACUGUCACUGUAGCCAAAGAACCCAAUGGACUCAUUGGGGUUUCCCAGAGAAAUUCCACCACUUGCCCGAGCAGCUUCCUCACUUCUAAAUGACUGAGAUUAGGUUUUUAUCCUCACAUGACUGGAGUCUGUUAUCGUUCCAAAUAUAAACUGAAGAAACUACUUGGAUGAGUGGUGAAAUGUCUUCAAGAAAACCCAACAUGUUCAGUUGCAUUUGUUUUUACAUAAACUGUGACCUGGACCAUGAAAACCCUCAGUAACUGUGAUCCUAAGGAAAAGUGUUACUGUCGAGAAUGACCCGGAGUUGGUUUUACAGUGACUUCCAAUUAGAUUUCUGGUGCGUUUACAAUUGAUAUUGCAGAUAAAGACGUUCUCAGGAAGUGCAUCAUGACUGAGUUGAGCUUUUAAUCUGCAGAGGUCGCAACACCAGCAACACUUAGUAUUUACCGAGCAACUUAAGGAGUAUUCGUUUUGGCAAACUGUCCAGAUUCAGACUGUCCUAGAACACUGUCAUUCUCCGUCUUAACAUCCUCUUUCUUUAACUCCCCACCCUUGGGAGGCCUCCUCACAGUUUGGAAACUUCAGGGUUAAUCGAUGGAUGGACUUGUCGCCGCAGCUCCGCUCAAUAAUGCACUCUAAAAAUCAAAACACUGAAAGUGUUCUAGCUCGACAUCCAGAUGAGCACGAAACAGAUUUACGUUGGUUUGAAUGUAGCGUGCUUUCUGAUGUGAGGCGUCACGGCAGUAGUUAGUGGUUUGUGGCACUGUGAUAGACUGCAAUAAGUUGUCGAUGUAUCUUUAGUCUUGCCUCCAUGUUAAAAAACGCAAUGAAGUUCAGCUUGUGGUGUGUGACGUUUGGGUCAGACAGGCGAAAACGUCUUUAUCAGCCCGUCCAGUGUUGUGGUGGUUAGCCUGUCUGUCCACACAUUUGCCUCAUAACACAGGAAGAAAUGUGGUUAUUGCUAAAUAUUGUGUAUUGCAGUACUAGGACAGAAAUAGAAGCCUGCAGUGAGAGCUUUCCUCUACCGAAGAUGCACGUACGACUGAUGUGAAUGUAGAUCACAUUUGCAGAGAUUGGCUCUUUAAUCUGUGCGACGCGGGGCUGUUGGGUAUCUUCUCAGGUUUUCACUCGUAGUUUCUUUUCAAUGCUGAGCCACCCGUGGACUCUGGCUGUCAACGAGCAGCAGAAUAUGCCAAAAUGUUAGGUGCUUUGUCAGUUAGCGUAGCUGUGAGAGGCCCGAGCGUCCCUGGCAGCGGGGGGGAAGUUAAGUAGAGCGGAGGUCGGGUCUCGGGGGGUUGAAGCGAAGGGAUUCCCACAUGGGUAGACGGAGUGAAAGCUUAAGACGGAGGCUUUUUUUUUUUUAAGUUUAUUUUUCUGCUCUUUCGUUAUCGUCGUGAAUGUUUUAAAUUGUCAGUGUUAAACAAAGGGAGCGUGAUGAUGCCAAGAAUAAAAGGGAGGGCAGAUCGUCAGAGACACUUUAGAUGUGAAAUAGCCGGGAUAGGGGCAAAACAGAGGCUGUACUGUAUGUGAUACGUUAUUUAUUUCUUUUUUUUUUUUUUUGUUUUGAAUCAAUGGGUGGAUACUCAGACGUUGCCGAAAUGUACAGCGAAUAUUUGUACUCGUAUUUGACGGCCUUUAAUGCACAAGUAUUCUUCUACCUGCUGUGUAGUGACUUAGGCGGCUCCACUGUUGACAGGAUAGGACCUAGACCCGUGUAGGUAGUAGUCUAGCUCAGCUUCUCAUACUUAGCCUUACACAAAGACCUUGUUUAGUCUUAAUAUGUUGUUUACAGGAUGUUUAUUGACUGCAUGCAUACCAAUGUUAUACCCAUGUUCGGCCUUAUUUAUGUUGCUGUCACGUUUCUGUUCUUCUAGGCUGACUUGACUACAAUGUUUGAGUUGUAGAUUGCCGAUGCAGUGGAGAAGAAGCAGUAGGAGCUGUGUGUAUAUAGUGUUGGGACUUGUUGUAUAUUUUCAUACAGUGGCGGGAAACGUCUUUUUUUUUCUUUUCUUUCUUUCUUUUUUUUUUCCUGACCCGCAUUCAUUGUUUGAAACCAAUGUAAGAUUGACCUUUUUAUAAUAUAUAUUAAUGUUUUUAUUACCCUUUUUGAAAGCUCAUCUGUAAAUAUUUUUGUUAAUAUUGUUUUUCAGAUUUUUUUUUCUUUUCUUUUUGCAUGUGCGAGCAGCGUCUAUCUAUGGAGGAGCGGUCUCUCGAGAUGUAAUAGGCAGAGGACUCAUUGACUUGUGAUGGUUUCUUUCAAUAUGGCUCUUUUUACAGGAAUAAAGUAUGUAUAUUUUCACAGAAAAAAACAAAAAAACCCAAAAGUGUGAUGGAUGUAUUUGCACUGACUGCUGACUGGACAAAGAAGGUAAAACAAACAAGAUACAUGUCUUUGAUGUGGAUCUUUAUUGAGUGUCAUACAGAUUAUUACAUCUCAACACACAGUUUAAUGUACAUGAUGGUCUUUUCUUUUCAGGACCGGUGAUGCAGAUGAAUUCUAAAAUGGAGGAGCUGCUUCUCUCUGAGCCACACUCUGCCCAUGUGAAAUGACUGCUGCAACACUCUGGGUGAUGUGUGGCCUUGCGAGACAAAGCAGCUUCCUCUUUUCUUUUUUUUUUUUUGUGACUUCCUGCGCGGGCUGCGUGCGAGGCCUCUCCUCUCCCUGAAGCCAACAGUACACUCAUCCAUAAAGUAGGAAACACUACACUGUGGCGAGGAGUUUAGUAGUGCUUUCUACUUUAUGGAUGACUGCACUGUACAUCCACCGAUCCUCUUGCGUCUUCUGUCUUCUCCCACUUCUCUCUUCUUCUUCUGCACCUGCGGCCACGCCUGCAGCUGCACGCCCCCCUCCCCCUCCUCCCUCCCCU